GUGCACUUUGUAUAUUUCGUCGACACCGCCUCUACUUUCUCUUUCACGUGUGAUUUGUAUAGUGUUUCAUUGUUCCUGCACAUCUACAUAAGAUGGUUAAAAAAAUUCAUGUUGAGGGUUUGGAUGCUUACCAAAAAGCUGUAGCUGAAAAUGAAGGAAAGACGAUAUUUGCGUUGUUUUCGGGAUCCACUGAUGCUGACGGGAAUAACUGGUGCCCGGAUUGUGUGUCAGCUGACCCAGUGGUGAUGAGAAAUUUGAAACAUGCUGAGGAGGAUGCGGUCUUCAUCCACUGCGGCGUGGGAGACAGGGAUUUCUGGAAAGAUCAAUCGAACGCCUUUAGGAAAGAACCCAGUUUACAACUCAAGUGCGUGCCUACACUACUGCGCGUUGGAAAGAAACAAAGGCUGGAAGAAGGACAGUGCGCAAACGACGACCUUGUGCAAAUGUUGUUUUCUGACGAAUAAAUUUAUAGAAACAUAAAA